AUGAAUAGACAUACUCAGUUGGAAGAUUUAUCAAAUGAAAUUUUCUUCGAAAUAUUUGAUUAUUUCCAUGCACUCGAGAUAUUUAUUUCAUUUACUUGUUUGAAUCGACGAAUUUCGUCUAUUUUACAAUCGAUUCCACUUCGUAUUGUUAUCUUAUCCGAUCAUUGUUAUCGUCAAAUUAAUUUUCUUUCUUCUCAUCUUGCAAAUCAUGCUGAUCAAGUUAUUUCAUUAGAAAUAUUUGAUACAAUUUGUGAUUAUACAUCUAUUAUUAGCAUAUUAUUUAAUCGACAUAAUUUCCCUAAUCUUGAAUCAUGUAUAUUUGUUUCAAUUAGUUCAACAACGAUACUUGAAAAUGUUUUUAAACAAAUCAAAAGUCUUAAUAGACUUGUUUCAUUUAGUCUUUAUCAACCAAAUGGUGAGAAUAUAAAUGAAAUAGAUAAACAUAAUCUAACUAAUAUUAUAUUAUUACAUAAAUCACCAGUUCUUCGUUCAAUUUCACUUCAAUUUAAUUAUGAUAACAUGCAUCUAUUAAACUUAACUUCGAUGCCUUCGAAUCUUGUAUCACUUAAAUUAUGUAUUUCUAGUUCAUCAUCAAUCUUACCAGUUUACUCAAUUAUAUCAAUGCUUCGGCUUUGUCAUUCAGUUCGAUAUUUAGGAAUCAUGGUAACAUAUCAAGCUGUAAAUGAAAAUAAUGCUAUUAAUACCUCAACUUCAUCAAAACCUAUAAAUUAUAAUGAUCUUCCUAUAUUAUCACAAAUGAUUUCUUUUGAUUUAACUAUCUUUGUAAGAUGUGAUAGUCGUUCAAUUGCUUCUAUCUUACACUGUAUGCCACAUCUUACUCACUUUUAUUUUACUAUGGCUAUAGCAACCUGGUCAUAUCCUGCUGAAUUGCUCGACGGUUAUGUGUGGCAAGAUACGUUAGAACGUUGUGUUCCACAUUUAUCUAAAUUUGAAUUUCAUAUAUCGAUUAUAAAAACAAAUUCAAUAUCAGAUUUAGAUAUUAUUGUCAAUUCAUUUGCAUAUUUUGUACAAAAAUAUUCUAAUUGGAAUAUGAUUGUUCAGCGAUGGAAGUUUUUUUUUGGUCGUUCAGUUAACUUUAACGAAAUGAAUGAUGAUAACAUCGACGUAAAAAAAAGCGUUACUUAUCUUUCACAUUUUGUUCAUUUACCGAACAUAACUGAACUGGAAAUUUCAUCAAAGAACUAUGAUUUAUCUCGAUGGUAUGAUAUUGAAAUUAUUCUUCAAUCAUGUCGGAAUGUAACAAAUCUUAAAAUUAAUACUCCAUUAUUAAUUUCAUCAAAAUUUAUUGAUAAUCCAUCUCUUUUUUCAAUUUUCAAACAAAUUAAAAGGAUUACAUCGAUAACAGAAAAAAUUUAUUUUCCUUCUAAAUUUGCGUUAAAACUUGUUCAACGCUUUCCAUCACUUACUGAUAUUGAACUUAUAGUUUUUACAUUUGAUCAUUGUGUAUCUAUUAUCGAAGUAUUUCUAUGUCAUGUGGAACAUUUAUCUUAUCUGAAAAUUUCUUACAGUCAAAAUACAUUACUUGAUAAUCCAUUUUCUCGUCAUUAUAUUAUUGAAAAGCGUCGUCAAAUAUUUCCAAAUAAUCUUCUUGAUGAACGGACAACGUAUGUUAAAGAUAAUGGAGAAGCAAUACAAAUUAGAUUGUGA